UUCUAUUAAGCCUUAGUUUAAUAUUGCGAUAUAAUUCUGAUAUGUUACAAACGAGUAAUAUCGGUUUGAAAAUGUGUUUUUUGUUGUUGUUUUUUUUUUCAUAAUACAGAAAUGUUUCUUGCAACGAUAGAUUUCUGAUUAAAACAUAUAAAAGAUACGAUUGAGUAAUCGGCAGCGUUUCUUGCAAGGACACUUUUCUGACUGAAACAAUGAUAUAAAUGUAAUAAAAAUUCUUUUUGAAUUCGUAUGAUUUUAUUAUAAUGUUUUACUUAAAGAGAUCACUUUACAUGUUAUAGCCAAAGAAACACAUUUUGGCACAAUCCAUAUUUUAGACAUAGAAUAAUGAAUGCCAAUAUACGUGCCUAUUGGAUAUGGAAUCUGAUUAUUCAAGUAACAGUUACUGCACAAUGUAACAACUUACAAACAUGUUACCAGUGUGGAGUAGCAUGCAAACAUAACGAAACGACUGGAAUCAGUCAGAGUGAUUGUUUUGCCCAUAUCGACCAGACAUCCAUUCACGUAGCAGAGUAUCACCCGUCUGAGACCAAGUGUGUUUUGGGGUCAUGUACCGGAAUUGUCUACAAGGUCCCUAUAAAUGGUAUACUGGGGAUUUUCGCCAAUUUAGACGUUCGGUCCUUCAGAUACAGCUGUGUUACAGAUUGUCCUGUAUUUGAAAUAAAAGAGGAAAUGAAGAAGAUUAAAGACACUCCCACGGAUAGUCAUUCUUCUGUAUCCCGCUCUGACUGCAUUACCAUGUGCUUGGAUACUGCAUACUGUUACAUGUGGGACCAUUUUAAUUCCGUUUGUUACAUGCACGCAGACUGCGCACCCACACAAAGUUGUUCGAAACAAAAUUUGAACCUACUCAACCUGUCACAUAAAACGUAUACGAGAUCUUGCCUUUCAAGUUGCGGGGACCCAGAAGCACCAGUAAAUGGCACUGUUACGUUUACAGAUACAACUACUAACUCGGUAGCGAGCUUUAGUUGUAAUGAUGGCUUUGUUGAAGCAACGGGUUCCAAUACACAGACGUGUCUAUCUGAUGGUUCCUGGUCUUCGCCCCAACCGUUAUGUGAAGCGUCUGGAUCAUUAACUUCAACGUCAACGUCGUCUUCAGAUUCAGCAACGUCACUUACAACUACUACUGCUACAACAUCAACGUCGUCUUCAAAUAUAGAGAACACAAGUGCAGAACCAAAAUCCCCUGUAAAAAUAUUUAUCAUGCCGUGUAUAUGCUACAAAAACCAAACUUUCAUCGGAAAGACACAAGAGGAAAUUAUUUCCAUGUUGAUACAAGAAACAAAAAUAAACCCUAAAAAUACAGCUUUUGCAAAAAGCAAACUUAUAAGCAGAAAUGAUCUCAGACCCUCUUCAAGGGCCGUUGGAUUUGCUGGACUGGGCUUAAUUGUACUUGUAUUUGGAAUUUUAGUUCUUUCUGACGCUGUCGUAGCAGUGCUUAAACUUAAGGAAAUGAUAGUUAACGGUGCCGAAUGAGGAUUUAUAAUAUAAUCCGUCCGCUAAUAAGGUUAACUUUAAGUAUCAUUCUUUAUGAUUGCUCAUUAUCAAGUGCUGCGCGUGAUUUAUUGUCUGAUUUGCCAUGGUGUAGAGUUCACAUGCACCGGAAGUGAACUGUGAGGGUGAUAGUCGGUGUGAAGAUCCAAGCAUCUGUACAAAUGAACCAUUUAACAAUAAGCAGGUCUUGAUUAUUAGUAUUGAAAUAUAAUGAAUACCGGUAUACUGAAUCAUGGAGUAACCGGUGUACGUGUCAACCUUAGUCUACAGUAGAAUACACAACGUUUAGCUUCAUUCUUUGUU